CAGCUGUACAGAACCACGCUUCUCCGCUUUCAAUUCCACCAACUCCAAGUCCUCUAGCUCAGCAUGCCUCCCAAAGCGCCAAAGGGCGAAUAUAUCGAAACAGACACAGGCAACAAAAUCUCCCGCCGGUCGUUAAUCCACGGAACCCAACACAUCAUUCUCGGCGGCAAGACCGUCAUCCAAGCCGAUGCCGUGAUCCGCGGCGACCUCUACCGUUCCUCCUCCUCCGCCUCCUCGACAGACCCCCAACAAGCGGCCGCCGCAACCCCAAACAGCCCCUCCGUGGCCAUCACCGUCGGCCGAUACAGUUACAUCUCGCGACAGGCGAUUCUGCGACCCCCGUCGCGGUUACAUCGGGGAGUCUACUCGUUCUAUCCGCUCAAAAUCGGAGAUCAUGUGUUUGUAGGCGAGCGGGCGGUGGUGGAGGCCGCGACGGUGGGGAAUCAUGUGCAUAUCGGGAAGGAUGCGGUGGUGGGGAGUAUGGCCAUCUUGAAGGACUUUGCGUAUGUGUUGGAUGGGGCGGUGGUUGCGCCGGGGAUGGUGGUUCCAAGUUGGUGUGUGGUGGGCGGAGCGCCGGCGAGGAUUGUGGGUGAGGUUGGGGAAGGGUAUGGGGUUGAGGGAGCCGAGGGGGGCAUGGCUAGGGAGAGGUAUAGGUUGGUUGGGAGAUAGGGGUUCCGGGUUGGGUUUGAUGAUUGAUGAUCAUGUUCAUGCUUCUGUUGUUUUUGGUACUGUAUGUGUCUUAUUCUCAGUAUACCCCAGGUUUAGUUUAUGUCUCAUUUAGGGAUCG